AUGAAAGCUUCCGAUAGAGACAAUGAACUAUUCUUCAGGUUAAUAAAAACCCAAAGAUCAUCUUCCUCCCAAUUCACUCAUACGCUGCAAACUCCAGAUAAAGAAGCUUCUACGCCGGAUGAUAUAAAUGAACUCUUUAAAGAACAUUUUGCAAAUUUAGCUAAAACAAAAGACAAUCCGUUCUUUGAUAAAGAACAUGACAACCUGGUCAAAUUAGACGCAGAAACAAUUGUAAAUUUAUGCGAAAAUGAUGACAUAACUGUUCAACCGGUUACCUCUUCUGAAAUUUCAAAACUUAUUUCACAAUUAAAAAAGCGGAAGUCUGGAGAUGUAGACGGUCUAACCUCAGAACAUCUUAUAUACGGAGAAAAAGCGUUUGAUGUGGUAGAUCACAUACAUCUUUUCUGGAAACUUUAUCACCAAGGAAUUACAGGCCCUACCUGGUUACUGAUCAGAGAGUUGUAUAAUAAUACAUCAACCCAAGUAAAAUCUCAAGGAUGUAUCUCGCAGGCUUUCACAAACGAGCAAGGAGUAAAGCAGGGAGGUAUAUUAUCUGCCAACUUUUAUAAAUCAUACAACAAGAAUAUCCUAGAUACACUUGAAGCUACAAAUAUUGGAUUUAAGAUCGGAACCAAUUACUUAGGUUGUCCAACAUGUGCAGACGAUAUUAUGCUAUGUGCAACUUCUGAACAGGAUGCUUCAACUCAACUCCGUAUAAUUGAAAGCUGUACAAAGAAUGAUAGAGUAAAAAUCAAUAGUAAAAAGACGGAAAUUUUACUGAUCAACAAAAAGAGCAAAGAAUUUAACCUUGAACUUUUCAACGAGAAAAUCAGCGAAAAACAAACCAUAAAACAUCUGGGUAUUGAAAGACAAGACCGAAAUUCCCCAAAUGUAGUCAACAGAAUAUCCACCGCUAGAGCUACCAUGUAUUCUCUCAUGGGAGCAGGCUUGCAUGGAAUAAAUGGAGUAAAUCCGUUGAUUUCAUAUAAACUGUGGAGAACAUUUGUCAUACCAAGAAUGCUAUAUGGUUUUGAAAUAUUGAAUUUUAAUAAGGCUGAUAUUUUGAAAUUAGAGAAUUUCCAGAAAAAGACAUUUAAACAUCUGCUAUCUCUGCCACAAAGAACUGCAGAUGCUGCAAUAUAUAUUUUGCUUGGAGCAGAAGCCAUUGAACAACUCAUCCACAAGGCAAUGAUUUCUCUAUUCCUUAGAAUUUCAAAAGAUACAAAUUCCAUUGAAUACAAAAUAGGAAUCAGACAAUUAGCAACAAAAGAUGAUAACUCCAACAGCUGGUAUAUAAAAGUGGAUCAUAUUCUCAAGGCAUAUGGAUUGCCCUCUGCGCAUGAGAUAGUCUUAAAUCUAAACAAAAACUGGAAAAGAUUGACCCACGAUAUGAUAGACUCAACAUGGAAAACAAAAUGGUCUGAGAUAGCUAAAACAAAAUCAUCAUUAAACCAUAUGGAAAUAAGCAAAUGGAAUUUCCGAAAUCCUAAUAAGUGUUGGAGCAGUGUCAGAGACAACAAGAGAGAUGUUAAUAAAGGCAUAAUUAAAUCCAGAAUACUCACUGGAACGUAUAAAACUCAAAGUAUAAACAACCGCUUUGAUUCAACAAAAUCUCCACAGUGCAAACUUUGUACAGAAGAAACAGAAGACUAUAAACAUUUUCUUAUGAACUGCAAAAGCCUUAACUCAGUCAGGAAAAUUCACCAUAUUAGACUCAAAAAUCUGUUGAUAGAAAAUCAAAUCAACUACAAUUACAUCAUUAAAUCUGAUGACGAUCUACUCCAAUUGUUAAUUGACAGUUCCACUAACCUUCGGAUACCAAAAGCUCAAUUAGGAGAUAUAGAAAGAAUCUGCAAAGACUGGGUAUUUGCAUUACACACCAAGAGAGCUGAAUUAUUGUGA